AUGGCAUCCAGUAAACCUUUACCAUGCGGACGUUGUCAAAAUGCAGCAGUAAACAUAAAUGCUGGUUUCUGGUGUUACGACUGUGAUGACGGUUUAUGCUCAACAUGUAUAAAACACCACAAACAAUUCAAAGGAACAUGUGAUCAUAAGACAAUUGAUAUAAAGAGUUAUAAACCCUCUAUCAGUGAUAUCAAAACAAAAUGUGACAAACAUGGUCAACAAUUCAGCUUGUACUGUCCUAGUCAUUUAAUCCCUUUCUGUGAUGUAUGCAUUUCCAUGACUCAUGCAAAAUGCACUGGAAUAAAGAGUCUAGCUAGUGUAGUACAUAAUACCAAAAUUCAAAACUCUAAAGAAACUGUAGAGAGAGAGAUAAAUUCUAUCUUAUCUUUUUUGGACCAAUUCGUAAACAACAAAUCAAAGAACAUAAGAGCAGCAGAACGUGAGUAUAUAAGCAUAAAGGAAUCAAUAGGAGAUAUUCGAAAGGAAAUAAAUGAACAUUUAGACCACCUGGAGAAGAAGUUAUGCCAAGAUGCAGAUACCAUUUGGAAUCAGGAAAAAUCAAAAGCAACAGGUUUCAUCUUUGAAAUUAAAGAGCAAAAGAAAAACUUGGAGAGAAUGAAAGAACAGUUACAAACAGUCACAACACAUACUUCCAAACUCCAAUCAUUUCUAGGUGUACAUUAUGUUGAACAACAAGUACACCAAUGUCAAAGAUUUGUUGAUGAUCUAGAAAAUGAUGAGAGGACCAAAGAAUUUGACAUCAAAAUGAAGCAAAAUAAUGAUAUCAAUAUGUAA